CAAGACUUCAAAGUUCGUAUUUUUCAGAUAAAUUCAUUGUUUUUCCGUUUGAGGAUUAUUAUUAUAAUUAGUCAUUUUUUAUUUCAAUUUCUUUGUCCGGGACUAAUAAUGGUGAAAAUGGCGGUUGAUUCACCCUCUUCAUCUCCGGUGACCAUCACAAUUUCUACUUCAGGCGGCGGAUUCCACAGCUUGACAAGUCCCGUUCGUCGCCUAUCUUUGUCGAAUGCGAACCCUAAUUCGCCGCUGAGUAGUCGAGGUGGGUUAGGGGGCUCGUCAAGUGGGGGCGGAAGAUACGUCUCCAUGUGUAAAGAUAGCAGGGAGGAAAUCCUAGCUUACACAGUUCAAAUUCCUCAUACCCCAGAACAUAUUAACAAUGGAAACAUGGCCGAUUCGGUGACGACCAGCUCUUCUCUCGAUGUAAGCAAAAGUUGUAGUGGAAACCCUACUGAAGGUAGUUACAUCAUUGAUACUAUCUAUACGGGUGGGCUGAAUUGCGUGACCCGGGCACAUGUAAAGAGAAGCAUGCAAAAUUUAGAGUCAGUAGAGAUGAAAUCAAAGGUGGUGUGUGAAAUGGAAGGAUGUGAUGAGAAUGCCCCUGAGGCUCAAUGUGAAUGUGGGUUCAGAAUUUGCAGGGACUGCUACAUGGAUUGUGUUGGAAAAGGACGGGUUGGCUCUUGUCCUGGCUGUAAAGAGCUCUACAAGGGUAUCAGCGAUGAAGAUGAGGAGGAGGAACAGUCUGACGACCAAGAUAGGGCAAACCCUCUUCUGCGGGCUCCUUCAAGGAGGAGAGGUGGUGAAAGCAGUAGCAGAAGAGAGAAAGCAUUUUCUCUGGUGCAGUCUUUUAAAAAUACAAACCCAGAUUUUGAUCACAACCGAUGGUUGUUUGAGACUAAAGGGACUUAUGGCUAUGGAAAUGCCUUGUGGCCAAGUGAUGGGUAUGAAUUUGGAAGAGGAAUUGACAUAUCAACAAACCGUCCAGAUUUCAGUGACACUAGGAACAGACCGUUGACCAGAAAAGUUGGGAUUUCUGCAGCAAUUAUCAGCCCUUACAGGCUGCUAAUGGUGCUUCGUCUUGGUGCUCUCGGCUGUUUCCUGACAUGGAGGAUCUGUCAUCCCAACCGUGAAGCAAUGUGGCUGUGGCUGAUGUCUGUUAUCUGUGAGAUAUGGUUUGCAUUUUCUUGGCUCCUUGAUCAGUUACCCAAGCUUUGCCCCGUUAAAAGAGUGACCGACCUCUCUGUCCUGAAAGAACGGUUCGAGAGCUCAGGACCACCGACCCUUGGGAGGAACCCCAAAGGGUUAUCUGAUCUUCCAGGCAUAGACAUAUUUGUUUCCACUGCUGAUCCAGAGAAGGAACCACCUCUCGUCACUGCAAAUACAAUUCUGUCCAUCCUUGCUGUUGAUUAUCCUGUGGAGAAGGUAGCAUGUUAUCUAUCAGAUGAUGGAGCUUCUCUGGUGACCUUUGAAGCUCUUGCAGAAGCAGCAAGUUUCGCAAGAGUGUGGGUCCCAUUUUGUCGAAAGCAUAAAAUAGAACCUAGAAACCCCGAUGCAUAUUUUGGCCAGAAGCGGGAUCCCCUUAAGAACAAAGUGAGGGUUGACUUUGUUAGGGACAGAAGAAGGGUAAAGCGAGAAUAUGAUGAGUUCAAAGUAAGGAUAAAUGGGUUACCAGAUUCAAUUAGGAGGCGGUCGGAUGCGUACAAUGCCCAACAGGAGUUGAGGGCGAAGAAGAAACAGUUUGAACUGGGAGAAAGUUUGUCAGAACCUCCUCCUAUCAGGGUUCCAAAGGCUACAUGGAUGUCUGAUGGCACCCAUUGGCAUGGGACUUGGUCAUCAGGUGAGGAAGCCCACUCAAGAGGUGAUCAUGAGGGAAUUAUACAGAUUAUGUUGGUUCCAGCAAACACGGAGCCACUUUUCGGGAGUGAAGUUGAUGAAAAGAACAUUAUUGACACAACAGAUGUUGAUAUAAGAAUACCAAUGCUUGUCUAUGUAUCCCGAGAGAAGAGGCCUGGUUAUGACCACAACAAGAAAGCCGGAGCAAUGAAUGCUCUAGUCCGAGCGAGUGCAAUCAUGUCUAAUGGUGCUUUCAUUCUAAACCUCGACUGUGAUCACUAUAUAUACAAUUCAUUAGCUUUGAGGGAGGGAAUGUGCUUCAUGCUUGACAAAGGAGGAGACAGGAUUUGCUAUGUGCAAUUCCCUCAGAGGUUUGAGGGCAUUGAUCCAAAUGAUAGGUAUGCAAAUCAUAACACGGUUUUCUUUGACGUGAGCAUGAGAGCACUUGAUGGACUACAAGGGCCAAUGUAUGUCGGCACAGGCUGUAUCUUUAGAAGAAUUGCUCUGUACGGAUUCAGUCCCCCUCGAACCACUGAACAUCAUGGAUGGUGUGGCCGCAGAAAGUUGAGGAAGAUUCUUAGGAAGCCUCGACAUCAAACAAACGUGAAUCUAGAAGAUGACGAGGAGAUGGUUGUACCAACCAUUGGAUCAGCUCAAGAUGAAGAAGAUGAAGAUUUAAGCACGAAGGCUUUGCUUCCAAAGCAGUUUGGUAACUCGGUUCCUCUUAUCGACUCGAUAGCUGUGGCUGAAUUUGGAGGUAGGCUGCUGCAUGGGUUGAGGGGGAAAGGUUGCCUCGGAAGGCCAGCUGGAUCUCUGGCAGUACAACGUGAGCCGUUGGAUGCAUCAGCAGUUGCUGAGGCAGUCAGUGUCAUAAGUUGCUAUUAUGAGGAGAAAACCGAAUGGGGGAAAAGAGUGGGUUGGAUAUACGGCUCUAUCACAGAAGAUGUGGUGACCGGUUAUCGAAUGCAUAAUCGGGGGUGGAGAUCAGUUUAUUGUGUCACGAAACGAGAUGCAUUCCGAGGGACAGCUCCGAUCAAUCUGACCGACAGGCUCGUCCAAGUCCUCCGAUGGGCUACUGGGUCAGUUGAGAUCUUCUUCUCUCGCAACAACGCGCUUUUUGCUAGCCCACGGAUGAAAUUUCUCCAGAGAAUAGCUUAUUUCAACGUCGGGAUGUAUCCCUUCACCUCAAUCUUCCUCCUCGUCUAUUGCGUCCUCCCGGCGCUCUCCCUCUUCUCGGGGAAGUUCAUCGUCGAGUCACUCAGCGUGACAUUUUUAAUCUUCUUAUUAGCAAUUACCCUCACCCUGUGCCUUCUGGCAAUACUUGAAAUUAAGUGGUCUGGAAUCACUCUGCAUGACUGGUGGAGGAAUGAACAGUUUUGGUUGAUCGGUGGGACCAGCGCUCACCCGGCAGCUGUAGUACAAGGGCUCUUGAAGGUCAUUGCGGGUGUGGAUAUUAAUUUCACUCUGACUUCGAAAUCAGCAGCUCCCGAUGAGGGCGAGGAUGAAUUUGCGGAGCUCCAUGAGUUCCGGUGGACAGUCCUGAUGAUCCCUCCAAUCACAAUCAUCUUGCUUAACAUGAUCGCUAUAGCAGUUGCAGUUUUCAGGACUCUGUAUAGUCCUUUUCCUCAAUGGAGUAGGCUGCUUGGAGGGGUGUUCUUCAGUUUAUGGGUUCUCUCUCAUCUCUAUCCUUUUGCCAAAGGGUUAAUGGGGAGAAAGGGGAAGAUUCCUACCAUAGUUUUUCUCUGGUCUGCACUCAUAUGCAUCAUCAUUUCAUUGAUGGCACUCUUCAUCUACCCUCCCACUGGACACCAAGAUUUUGUCUUCGAAUUCCCAUAAUGUCAGCUGGCUGAAGCAAUAUUGAAGUUUGUCAACUUCAUAUAGAUAGAUGGGGUUUCCAUUUUGUAACAUGUGUAUUUUUGUUUCUUUAACAUGUCUGGAUACUUUUCCUGACUGACCAACAAGAAAAACAUUGUGUACUUCUCUCAGUAUAUGUGUGUAUGAAUCAGCAUCGACUACCUACCCUUUCGGCCUUUCCCCUCCCAUUUUCUAUUGCAUUCUGAACCACUUUUCCCCGUAAAUAUCUAUUCUUAAC